AAAGCUGAUCUGUGACCAUGCAGAUCCCUUGGGCUGUGUGUGCUGUCUGUGUCCUGGCACAAAUCUCGCUUCCCUCUGCGCAAGGCUGGCAGGUGUUUAAAAAUGAUGCUACAGAAAUCAUCCCUGAGAUCACUGAAAAUCCAGAAACGCCAAUGGAGCCGACUUUCAGCAACAACAACACCAUGAACCAGGCAAAACAUGGGGGAAGACACAUACAGCAAACUCCAGACCUCAGUGAUGCCGCCUUCAGCUGCCGGGAGGUUCGCACCACGCGGUUCCUGACGGACGGGCCGUGCCGCAGCCUGAAGCCGGUGAAGGAGCUGCUGUGCUCGGGCCAGUGCGAGCCCUCGCACCUGCUGCCCAACUCCAUCGGCCGCGGCAAGUGGUGGCGGCAGAACGCGCCCGACCUGCGCUGCAUCCCCGCGCACAGCCGCACCCAGCGCGUCCUCAUGGCCUGUCCCCAGCAGGAGACGCGGACUUACAAAUUCCGGGCGGCCACGGCCUGCAAGUGCAAGCGCUACACCCGCUACCACAACCAGUCCGAGCUCAAGGACUUCGGCAAGGACGUGCCCCGGCCCCAGAAGAACAAGAAACCGCAUCUGGCCAGAGCCAGGAGCGGCAAAUCCAACCAGCACGAGCUGGAAAAUGCCUAUUAGGAGGGAAGGAUGGAUGGAUGGAUGGAUGGAUGGAAGGAGGUGGCUCUGGGUUGUUGAGUUUGUGAGGUGCCCAGGAUGAGGUGAGGGGUGAGAAUCUGCCUCCCAUGUUCUCAGAAGGCUGAUUUAUUAUUUUAUGGUAUUAUAUUGUAUUAAAAGAAUAUACUAAAACUAAGGGAAAGGAUAC